UGCAUUUUUUUUAAAUCGUAAACAUGUUGUUCAAGUUUGUGCUCUUCUGUCUUGUCGGAGUUGCAGUGGGUCAAGGAGAAGACUUCGACUACGGCGGAGGUAGUGGAUACAGGAAACCGCCUCCAGCGAUACUCAUGCACAAGCAGGCUUUAACACAAGACGGGGCUUUCAACUUUGUUUUUGCAGCUGAGAAUGGAUUGAAACAAGGUGAAACCAUAGCUCCAGAUGGUACAAGGACCGGUGCGUAUUCUUAUGUUGAUCCUUCUGGUCAGACUGUUUCGGUCAAGUACUCAGCUGGUAAGGACGGAUUUAAGAUCAUCGAGGGAUCCCAUGUGCCCAAAACUCCCCCACAUGUUGUUCAGCAGCAGAGAGAAGCUCUGCAGGCAAGCUACAGGUCUCCUCCUCCAUCUCCUCCACCUCAACAGCAUUCUCCCCUUAGAAGCCCCUUCUCCCAGCAGGACUACGACGGUUCACCUUCUCUCAGCAAUUAUAGGUCAUCCAGGCCACAGCAUCAAGCCACACCUGUCCAUGAAUACACACCAGGCCCUGAAGAUGAACAUAAAGGACCUCAUAGUUUUGGAAAAGGUUAUUCCUUUGAAUUCGCAGGAUAAGCCAUAUUUUUAAGAAAACUUUUAUUUGUUGUUUGUUUUUUAUU